AUGGCGGCACCGCAGCUUGUCCGGAGCAGAAGUGGAAGCGCGCCAGCCAUAGCCAUAACGGCCAACGACAGAUCUUCACGGAGGUUGUCGGUCAGCUCGAGUAGCAAAAGAUUCAUCAGCGGCAAUAACCGUUCAAAGUCAACAUCAUCAAGAUCGUCAAGAACAGCGCAAAGUAGCUCGGGUGCCACGUCACCAGGCAUGAUGAAGAAGGUGCCUUCUGCGUGGGCGAUGUCGCCGGGAAGGUCAUCUCUUGGCUCUCCAUUUGUCGCAAAGGCGUCUGAGUCUCCGGCAAAAGCCAAUGGUGGCGGCGGCAGGCGAAGCGUGACCAGCAAGGUGUUGAAUUAUUUGAAGCAAAGAAAAUCUUCGCCAAUUGAAGAAGAAGGAUACCAUAGGUUUAAGAUUUUGCAUAACAGGCUUCUACAGUGGCGGUUUAUCAAUGCUAGAGCUCAAUUUGCCAUGGCUCGUAUCAAAACUGUAGCCGAGGUUUGUUCUAACUUCUAA